AUGGGCAGCGAAAAAAGUUCAUGGAGCGGCCAAACAGAACGGGCACGAUGGCCGCCUUUGACGAGGAUGUUGAUGUCAGGCGAAAUGAGCGAGGAGCCGCCACGGGAUUUGACCAUGAAGGAGAAAUUUGAUCGAUGGAUGGUCAAUGAGGGUUGGAGAAGACUAUUCGUUUUAAUGUUCAUUGUCGCUCAUUUUAUGAUUUUUGCAUUCGGGUUUCUAAACUACCAGUUGAAGGACAACCUCAACACAGCACGAGGAAUCUUUGGCCUCACAUUUGCUAUUGCUAGAUCCUCGGCUCUAGUUUUACAUUUCGACGUUGCCCUGAUUCUCUUGCCUGUUUGUCGAACGUUCAUAUCGCUGGCUAGGCAAACACCCCUGAAUGGUAUCAUCCAAUUUGAUAAAAAUAUCACUUUUCACAAACUCGUGGGCUGGUCCAUCUUCUUCUUCUCCUGGGUCCAUACUAUCGCCCAUUGGAACAACCUCGCCCAGCUAGCCGCCAAACAAAAGCUGGGGCUCAAGGGUUUCCUCCUGGCCAACUUCGCCACUGGGCCCGGCUGGUCUGGUUACGUUAUGCUCAUUGCUCUGACAGCCAUGGUUUUCACCUCAAUGGAGAAGCCACGUCGAGCAAAUUACGAACGAUUCUGGUACACCCACCAUCUGUUCGUGCUCUUCUUUGUUUUCUGGGCCGUGCAUGGCGCAUUUUGCAUGAUCAAACCGGAUUUCCCCCCAUUUUGCAAUGGAAUAGGCGUCUUCUGGCUCUAUUGGAUGUACGGGGGCGCGAUCUAUCUCGUGGAGCGUCUCUUGCGGGAAGCCCGUGGCCGCCACAAGACGUAUAUCUCGAAGGUCGUGCAGCAUCCAAGUAAUGUUUGUGAAAUUCAAAUCAAGAAAGAGAACACAAAAACCAGGGCAGGGCAGUAUAUUUUCUUAUGUUGCCCUGCAGUGUCAGUCUGGCAAUAUCACCCGUUCACUCUAACCAGUGCCCCUGAAGAAGACUAUAUCUCUGUCCAUAUUCGCUGUGUCGGCAAUUUCACUAAAGCUCUCGCUAAAUCUUUAGGGUGUGAUUUUGAGAAUAAGGGCGGAGCAAAGUCGAAACCAGGCACCUCUGCGGUUGUUGGCGUUGACAAGCGAACAGCUGAUGACGACGUGGAUCCCAAAAUUCGCCGGAUUCUGCCUAGAGUGUACAUUGACGGCCCAUUCGGAAGCGCGUCUGAAGACGUGUUCAAGUAUGAGGUUGCUCUUCUCGUGGGGGCUGGUAUCGGCGUUACCCCUUUUGCCUCGAUCCUGAAGAGCAUUUGGUACCGCAUGAACUAUCCGCAGAAAAAGACGAGACUGCGGAAGGUAUAUUUCUUCUGGGUGUGUCGAGAUUUUGGCUCUUUUGAGUGGUUCCGCUCUCUACUUCUGGCUAUCGAAGCGCAGGAUAGGGCAAACCAUAUUGAGAUCCAUACUUAUCUCACCGCCCAAAUCAAAUCUGACGAUGCCACCAAUAUUAUGAUAAACGAUGCCAAUGCAGACCAAGACGCCAUCACCGGCCUGCGGGCCCCGACAAACUUUGGCCGCCCAAACUGGGAUAUGGUCUUCCGAUCGAUUCGCAAGAUCCAUGCUCCGGCCGAAGCGGGAGUGUUCUUCUGCGGGCCUAAACCUCUAGGAAGCACACUGCAUGUUAAAUGCAACAUGUAUUCUGAGCCUGGUUUCAACUUUGUGUGGGGGAAGGAGAACUUUUGA